AUGUGGAAAUGUAGAGGAAAUAAUAACAGCGGCAACAAACUAUGCAAAUAUAUUAAUAAUACAGUAAAUAAUGUUCAGCUGUAUUAUCCAGAUACUCCUACUAGAUUUGCUCAAUGUGUGCAUCAUAAUAAUAGUACUAUUGAUCUGGCUUUAUCGAAAAAUACUGGUUCGAGACUUGGAACCGACAAGGAGGCAAUCGUUGAAAUUUUGUGCACGUGCACAACCAUCGCUGCAUUAUACGAGAACCUCUAUGGCAAAUCUUUGGAAUCCGACCUGAAAGGUGACGUUUCAGGACACUUAAAACGUCUGUGCGUGUCCCUGUGCCAGGCUAACCGUGACGAAAGUUCAGGCGUGGACGAGGGCGCUGCCAUAGCCGACGCCGAGGCGCUCGUGGACGCCGGAGAGGGCCAAUGGGGCAUUGACGAGAGCGCCUUCAACUCUAUUUUGGUGACGAGGUCCUAUCAGCAAUUGAGGCAGGUGUUUGCCAAAUACGAGAGACUGGCCGGACACGACAUCGAGGAGGCCAUCAAGAGGGAAUUCAGUGGCAGUAUCGAGAAGGGAUUGCUCGGAAUUGCGAAAUGCGUAAAGAGCAAAGUGGGCUACUUUGCGAAUGUUGGUCGCGGAACCCGAAUUGGUGAUUUGGAAUUAGAUCCAAAUCCUGCAGGAAAUCUUUGA